AUGCACAUUAUUGAAGUGAACCACGGGGCCGGUGAGUUGCAUCGUUACCUUCUCCUUCCCGAUGCCGCAUACACUGUGGGGAGGAAGGAAUGUCAUAUUUUGUUACCCACAGGCGAUCCAUCAAUUUCACGACACCACGCGAAUAUUCAAGUAGGCGUCAUGCAAUCUCGAGCACUGACUGAUCCAUCAGUACUCACAGCAGAGGUCAGUUUGCAAGACAAUUCUAAGCAUGGCACCCUUGUAAACGAUGAACACGUCGGACGCGGCAACUGUAGAUAUAUUUACACCGAAGAUAGUAUCAAGUUUGGGAAAAAAGUUACUGCACGUGUAGUGUCUGUCAGGAUUGUGCUUGUGGAAUCUUCGCAACUGCUUCAUGAUGAGCGUAAGGCACUGCGCAAUGUGGCCCUGCUCCUGGGAGCUCUAAUUGUGCAGGAACCCGCUCCGCUGCUGCUUGAUUUCUUCGACAUGCGCCUUUGCUGUACUGCGUUCCUGUACAUUACACACAAUGGUUACACUGUGACUCCAGAAACCCUUCUUGCACAACAACGAGGGUAUCAUAUCACGACGGUGAAAUAUCUUCAGUCUUUGGAAAAUGCGUUGUCGGAGGACUGUGCGAGGGGAAUGGAGGAGUUACCGCAACCCACAGCUGCACAACCCGGUGACACCAGUUUUCAAGUAACGGAGUAUAUGCGACCUGCUAAGGUAUUCUACGAUAUACACGAGUUUCUCCUUUCGAAACCACUCCCCAAUAAACUACUACGAAGUUACACCUUUGUGUUUCCGGACGUAGAAAUCAUGGAAAAAUAUGAGGUGCUAUUAAAACACUGUGGCGCGGUGGUGGCGCACCAACCGGGGGAGUGCCCUUCAGAGUGGCAGUCACUUGACCCAGACAGUACUUCAGUCAUAGUUGCUGGUGAUGAUAUGUUUUUCAAGGUAAAGCGGGUGGCACUAACGAAACCAGAAAGAAAUGGAACUCCCGAGUCUGAGGAAACUAACGGUGGAAACCGCCGCGCCUCAGCACUGGGCGAGGACCCAAAAACAUCGGUGUAUGUUUCCCUUUAUGAAAAUGGAUUCGUUAUUAUACCAGAAAAAAACAUCAUGCGGGCGGCCUUCACAGGAAAUCCGCUGGAGAUCAACGGUAGGCCCUCUGCACCUUACCUCGCGCGUUCGGAAAGGGACACAUUCCGUUCCCCUUCACCUAUGGUGCGCGCCCCAUCUCACGGCAGAACGAGCAAUAAUCAUGUAGGAACUCUUCCAUGUCGAGGAGCGUCCGCCGACCCGGUGGUAAUGGCAGCGGAAGGAGAUGAAAAGCCUCCACGCUUUACAGUGUCACCUCCGCCUCGAAGGGCCUCAUCAGUGAGUGACGGGGCAGCUAAGAGUACCGGAGUCCGGGUGCUGCAGGAGUUGGAGGGAAAUAUUCUCAGGGUAGUUGACGUUAAUAGACUCGGGGGAGAAGGGGAGAAUGAUGGAAAUGCGUGUUUGUCCAAAAGUACAAGUAGUUUCGGUGGUGGUGGUGGUGGUACCUCAGAGGUCACCCCAACAUCAAGGAAAAAGCACAAGCGUAAACCGUCUGCGAGCCGCGCGUCGGAGGAGGGGUCGCAGGUUAGAGCAGCCAGUGUUGACAGUAGUAGUGCGAGGUCGCAAGGGCAAUACCGAGAUAAAUCUCCAGAGGGAUUGUGCCCAUCUUGGGAAAAACAAGGGGCCGUUGUUGUUCAUACCGCGGAACAACUUUGGAAGACUGAGGGGGGUAGAAUUUCCUCUUCGCGCGCGCGGAUGUCGGCGUACAAAAUGUCAAGACAAUCCUCUUUUCUUACAUCUGCUACCCCUUCUUCUGUGGGAGCCAAACCGCAUGUCUCCACCGAAAAGCAUGGCAGUGAGGACGGACAGCCAUCGCAACCCCGAUCCACGCCUUCGAGAUCGAUGAGAAGUGUGAGCCCACUGACAAAACGAUCUGUAGUUGGACAGUCAGCUUCACGCAGGUUGGCACCAAGGCAAGCCUUAACCAAACUAUUCCCAUGUGACGAGUUAGGGAGUCACAGCACAUUGGGGGGCACGAGCAUUUUUGAUGUCACCUUCUGUCACACAGCACGCUGUGAGUCGUCUGGUAGACAUGCGAAGCGACAACUUCUUACCCACUGGCAUAGAACUGUGGCAAAGGACAAGGUACGGGAAACGAAAAGCGCGCGCCUACCAGCCUCCCCACUCCGCAGCUUCUCCCCACUAUUCCAGCGGUACAACAGCGGUACGGGAAGCAGUAGGCGUGGUGCUGGAAGCAGGGGAAGUAGUGCUCAGAAGGCAGACGGUGGCCGUGGAGAGCGCUACGCAGGAUUGUUUUCGUCUAGUGUAUCGUCAAGUAAUGGAGCAAGCGCUGCGCUCCUUGCUCAACAGCAGGAUGUCACCAUCCGAAAACGUUGCGAGGAGUUCUUGCGAAAGGUCCUCACGCCUUUAAAUACCGAGGUGGAUACAAUCUGCAAGUUGAUAAUGAAACAGGGAUACCUGGACGCAGAGAGCAAGAAAAAGUUGGAGAUUGGCACCGAGUCACUCAUCAAGUUUCUUACUUACAUCCAGCGCGUGGAAACAAGCAUACCACCGGCUCAAAGCACAGAGAGUACGCGGACUGUUACGAAUCAAGUGCGACAGAAGUCACUCCUUCUUCGUCGACGAAUUAAAGGAGCAUACGAAUCUGUGAAAGCAGAGAUUCCCCCGUGGAUGAACCAGCUACGUGAGGUACUUAGUGUCCGACCAUUGGUCGUCUAA